UGUGUUCCUCAUCUGGAUCUUCCUCCCUCGCAGUUGGGGUCCUUCAAGACGCUCCGCACAAGCCAUGGCCGAUUAUAGCAUCGCCAUGGAGGACAUCAUGGGCGCGUACAAUUAUAGCGAGCCGGACGGAGAGUGGAACUACUCCGACUACAUCUGUGUGGACGAACCCGAGGCCGCGGAGCAUUUUGGCAAGUUCCUGGUGCCGGCGGUGCACCUGCUGAUCUUCCUCCUGGGCGGCCUGGGCAACCUGCUGGUGAUGGUGACCCUGUGGCGCUACCGCCGGGCGCGCACCCCCACGGAGGUCUUCCUCUUCCACUUUGCGUUGGCCAACCUGCUGCUGGUGGCCAUGUUCCCCUUCGGGGCGGCCGAGAGCCUGGCCGGCUGGGUCUUCGGCACCGUCCUCUGCAAGGGCCUGAGCGCCGCCACCCGGGUCAGCUUCUACAGCAGCAGCCUGUUACUGGCUGGCAUCAGCGUGGACCGCUACCUGGCCGUGGUGCACGCGCUGCGCACCUUCCAGAGGCCGCGCUCCCUCUCCGUCCACCUGACGUGCCUGGCAGUCUGGCUGCUCUCCGUCUUGCUGGCCAUGCCGGACCUUCUCUUCACCGAGGUCUGGCCCGACAGUGGCAACCUCAGCAUCUGCUACUUCAAGAAGUACGGCGAGCAAGGCGUGCGCUCCUGGCUGGCGACACGCUUCCUCUACCACGUGGUGGGCUUCUUCCUCCCCGCAGCCGUCAUGUGCUUCUGCUACUUGGCCAUCGUCCGGCUGCUCUGCCGCUCCCAGCGCCUGCAGCGGCAGAAGGCCGUCAAGGUGGCCAUCCUAGUCACCUGCGUCUUCCUGCUCUGCUGGACCCCCUUCCAUGUGGUCACCUUCUGGGACACGCUGACCAGGCUGGCGCCCAACUCCUGUGCGCACGAGUACAGCUUGGCCGCGGCGAUUGCGCUGACCGAGCUGCUGGGCUACAGCCACUGCGGCCUCAACCCGUUCCUCUACGCGUUCGUGGGCGAACGCUUCCGACACGAUGCCUGCCGCGUCCUGCACGACUUGGGCUGCCUGAGCCAAGGCGCCUUGCAGAACGUGGUGGGCUCGCGGGGGGUGGAGAGCACCACGGAGACCACCGGAUCCAACAGCCGACAUCAGGCCUCACCUUGCGCCAUGAAUCCUUUGGGCUCCUCUCCUCCUCCAGUGGCCACCGGGCAAUGGCUCCGGGCAGAAGCCCAAGACCCGGACCAGCCUGUGAUGUCUCAGGCACCUUUGGCCCAUGACCCCGCAGCCAUCAUAGAUCAAACUGAAGAGGAUUUGGGCUUUCUUCCAUCUCAGCAAGAUUCCAUCCCUUUCCAGAUGUCUCCUGUUGACAUUUCCGUGCCAGAGCCAAUUAGGGACGCCCUUGAAACAGAGCCUGGUUCUCUGGAAAGUUUGGUGUUUGAUAGAAGGGCUUUUCUCAAAACAGAUCGCUCCCAAAGACAGGUUUUAAGGAGAAGCGCGAGAUUAGUGGAGAGAGACGAUUGUGGCUAAAUCGGUUCUCUUGGGAAGUUUCAGGGAGGCAGGCAUCUGGUGUGAUUUGAAACAGCUCUGUUCUCUGGGAAGAUUUGAGGAGUCAAACACCUGCUUGGGGGGAGCUCUUGAACUUCAAUAAAAGUUCUGCGCUGAGUUUUCCCUAUCGCGAUGUCAACGUGACUAUUGACUAAAGAACAUCGUCUCUUGUUCCUGAACUUCCAAGCGGCCCACCGGCGUGUUUACUCACGAGUAGUCUGGGAGUUGCGUCCCACUCCUUGCCAAGUUUGGACUGCGUUUUCAGAUCCGUCACAAAAUACCUUGCCUAGCCUUGAAUCCUUGUUCUGGACUUUUCUUCAAGAAUCUUCCUGCAAAACCUUGUUCUUUCCCCACUCAAACUUCCAAGGAGUUUGAGUGUGUUUCGGUUAUUUGGAUUAUAGACUUUAGACUCUAAUACUGGACACAUAACUUCAUUUUAUUGGACUAAUUUUGAUCUUUUCUAAAAGGUCAACUGCUUGACUAUAUAUUCUGCUUAUUUUUGUUUAGAACUUUUAUUGCUUUAAUAAAGAUAUUAGAUUGUU